AGCAGACUCAACAUUGAAUAAAUUGGGUCUUUAAGUAAUUAAGCGUGGCCGAAUUUUGAUGUGAAUACUUAGCUCCGUUUCCUUCGAUGUGUUCUUACCGGUUAGACAUUAGAGAGAAUAGACUGUUUCAUUUUCUCGAAUUGUGUGCUAAUUUGUUAGAUACUGAAAAUUCUAUAGUCGCAGGACUAAUCCUUGCUUUAAGAGGUAUUCACGAGCUAUUUUUGUGACAGUUGGGGUAAAUCAAAGUUGUGCUCUUCAUGCAGACUGAGAAAAAAAUACACAAAUAAUUAAGCUUUGCAGUUUUACUAGAAAAGUCCGUGUUGUUGGUGUCUUAUAAACGCAGAUAACGAACCAUAAUGGCAGGUCUUCGAUCACUUCUCCCUGCACCAACGCAAAAAAUUUAUUCUGCGCGAGAACAACAGGAAGCAAGCGGAAAUUUAGUUAUCGAAACUAAGAAGGAUCCCCAUGCGCACAUUCCUAUUUAUGGUAGAAGACGAGGAUGGACACCAAGAAAGGUAGGUGACUAUGGUGACGGAGGAGCGUAUCCCGAGAUUCAGGUUGCCCAAUACCCCCUCGAAAUGGGUAAGAAGAAAGAUAAACCAACUGGGAAUGCAAUAACGGUUCAACUUGAUGCACAAGGUAAAGUAAAAUAUGACGCGUUACUGAAACAAGGCGGAAAUGCUGAUAAGGUAGUGUACUCAAAACUCCAGGAUUUAUUGCCUUAUGAAAUAACCGCCGAUGAUGAAGAAGAGUUAAAGAAGCCGGAUGACGAGGCCAUCAAAAGAAUUACAGAAGAUACCAAAAAGGCACUGGAAAAGUUGACUCAUUCCAAAAUAUCUGCCGCUAUGCCCGUUCGGACGACUGAUAAACAGGCACCCGCUCAGUACAUUCGGUAUACACCUGCUCAGCAGGGAUCAGAAUUUAAUUCUGGGGCUAGCCAAAGGAUUAUACGAAUGGUGGAAGCGCAGAAAGAUCCAAUGGAACCUCCAAAAUACAAGAUCAAUAAGAAGAUACCUCGGGGCCCGCCAUCUCCACCUCCCCCGGUGAUGCAUUCUCCAACCCGCAAGGUCACUGUAAAAGAACAGCAGGAUUGGAAGAUUCCCCCGUGUGUCAGUAACUGGAAAAAUGCUAAAGGCUACACGAUUCCGCUUGACAAACGCUUGGCGGCCGAUGGCAGAGGUCUACAACAGCAGCACAUCAACGAAAACUUCUCUAAAUUGGCUGAGGCGCUAUACCUAGCUGACAGAAAAGCUCGAGAAGCCGUUGAGGCCCGAGCUCAACUCGAGAGGAAGAUGGCGGCCAAAGAAAAGGAAAAGAAGGAGGAGCAUCUUCGUGCUAUGGCCCAACGGGCCAGGGAUCAGAGGGCUGGUAUCCGAGUGAAUGAAGAGGACGAGGAUGAUGAGGCGCAGGAACGCGACAUGUUGCGUCAAGAAAGACACCGGGAGAGACAACGGGAAAGGAACAUUGCUCGUGCUGCCCCUGAUAAGCGAAACCGCUUGGAGCGGGAACGGGAAAGAGAUAUUUCAGAAAAAAUUGCGCUCGGUUUGCCAUCGACAAGUGGAACGAGCAAAAGUGGAGAAGUGCAAUUCGAUCAGAGACUUUUUAAUCAGUCGAAGGGUUUAGAGUCUGGUUUUGGCGAUGAUGAUUCUUACAACGUGUAUGAUAAAGCGUGGCGCAAAGGUCAGGGUUUGUCGAGUCAGCUAUAUAGACCACGCGGAGACCGAGAGACUGCUGAAGAUAUUGACUCCUUGAUUAAAACGGGACGGUUCAUCCCUGAUAAAAAAUUUGCGGGAACAGACCACUCAGAGUCAUCAGUGCGUCGCGGCCCCGUUCAGUUUGAACAGUCUGAGCAAGAAGAAGAUCCGUUCGGUUUAGAUAAAUUCUUCAAUGAAGCCAAAAAAGCUUCGCAUAAGAGAAGAGAUGACCGUAAUGAUGAAGAUCGUGGAGGAAAGAGACGAAGAGACUAAGCAAAAUGCAACAGCUCACCACGUUAUGACAGAGAAUUAGGGCCUAGAGUGUAAGCCACAAAGUAUAAAUUUUAAUUGAAUUUAAGAUGUACAAAAAAGAAGAUGUAAACAACACUUACUUUAACUGCAGAUGCAAAUUGUGUUAAUUGUAAUUGAGGAUUGCUACUUUGUACAAUGCUUCAUUUAAUUAAAAACGUUGGUCCUUUUCUAGUACUGAACUUUACUAAUGCAUCACAAUUUAUUGUGGACCUCAAAACAGAUUCUUUUUUUUUUAACUGUAAAGGUUUGCUUUUGACGGAUUGGCAUUAGGGCUUUGUUGAUGCUGGACUGCACCAUUUAUUUUGAUGUUGUUCAUUGACAAGCGGAAAAAGUGUGUGUGAUAAUGAACAUGCCUAUUAUGAUAGACAAUCGGUCGCGCAACAUCGUAUGCGCAUGUAUAUGCAAUUAAGCCAAAUAAUAAAGAUAGCAAAUAGGAACUAUUAAUUUGAUUACCAGUUCUCCUUAUUCUCAUAUGCACAAUACUGGUU